AUGGCAUUAUAAAAGUCCACUGCUCGCAUAAAACCAGCGAUCGCUACUUUUUGAGCGCUAACACCGAAACUCCUCGUUUGCCGAUUAAAUACAGUGAAUACUAUCGUCGUCGUGUUUAUUGCGUAUUAUACGUAAAUUAAAUUUCAGCUAUAAAUAAUUUGCUACCUACGCACUCGAAAUCGUGCUGUGCAAUGAUAACAUCGGAGGGUUCACAACGUCUCGAUAUUAUAUUUGUCAUAAAACCCACUCCCCUCGAAAAACAUGUACAACGUAAAUAUAGACAGAGCGAUAUAACCAUUUCGUUAUAAUAUGACAAGUAAUCAAGUAUUCAUUUGAUCAUUUGAUUUUAAUUUUUUUGAUAAAAUCUUUUAUCAUUUUAACAAACAUUUAGAUUCUGUAUGUCAUUUGAGGAGAUAAAAAUAUGUUGAGACAAUAAUGUCAUAUUUUCGAACGAUAACCACCUAUAGAUUUACUUAACACUAUUAAGCAGACUAUUUUGAAAAUUCUGAUGCAUUGAAAAUAUUUAAAUUUUUAAACAUUACAAAAAUAAGAACUUUUAUAAUUGUAGGUAUACAAUGAGGAUAAAAAAGACAAAAUGACCCACUGAACGAGUAUUGGCUGCAUAUUAUUAAUAGCGAUACCACAGUUAACUCAAGAAAAAAUGUGUAUCCUUAGAGAUAGGUUUUUACAUAUUCCUGAAUAUCACUUGCAAAAAUAUGGUCGUUUCAGUGCCUUAACUAAUGAGGAAACUGCUGUAUUCACUGUUCAGCAGUGGGUAUUGUCUUCGGGUCAUUUAUGUAUAUAUAUACAUGUAUAUGUACUGGUAUCAAUAUAUAUGUCGUAGGCAUAUAGUCAAAUCAGGCAUUUUAUCAAAUGCCUAGGCAUAUAGUCAAAAAAUUUAAUGUUUAUGCAAUUUCACUAUCCGCCUAGACAUUUAGUUAAAUGCCUAGUCAUUUAAUUAAAUGACUAGGCAUUUGACUAAAUGCCUAUUUCAUGCCAGGCAAAUAAUAAAAAAACAUUAGCUGUGUAUUAUUUAUUAAUAUGAAAAACACGUAGAUACUCGUAUAUGAAAUAAUAUGUUUAAUUUUGUGUUAAUUAUUAUUUAGUAUUGUUUUAAAAAUGAAAUCAUAAAUAUAUUCAGGUAAUAACUAAUUAGAUGUGAUAGACAUAAAUGAUAGUACGAGUAUUUUGUAUAGCAUAUAUAGUCAAUAUAGUCUAUAGUACGAGUAGUGAGUACUAUAUAUUCUUAUUAAAUAAAAAUAAAAGUUCCAUUGGUUUUUACCUUGGAAAAUUAACGUGGCAAAACCAAUAUUAUUUAUGUCGUAAAUAUGAUCUGAUUGAAGUAGGAAAUGUUAAACAUAUUAUUUUAAAACCAAAAACUAAAACCGAAAAUAUUAUUUAUGUUGUACCAUAUGAAAACUAUUUUGAAAAAAUCGAAGAAAGCCAUAAAGCGACUGGUCAUGGUGGAAGGGAUAAAGUUGAGCAGAAUUUAAAAAAUAAAUACAACAUUCCUCGAAUAGCAAUCCAAAUAUUUAUUAAUUUGUGUACAACUUGUAACAAAAAAAAAUCAAAACCUUGUAAAGGCGUCGUUAUAAAACCAAUAUUAUCGGCAGAUUUUAAUUCAAGAGGGCAAAUUGACCUUAUUGAUUUCCAAUCAACACCCGAUGGAAAUUUUAAAUGGGUCAUGAACUAUCAGGAUCACGCAACCAAAUAUUUAUAUCUUCGACCACUUACUUCAAAACGAGCCACCGAAGUUGCACACGAACUUUUAAAAAUUUUUUUGGAACAAGGAGCACCUCAAAUACUUCAGUCUGAUAAUGGGCGAGAAUUUACAGCGAAAAUAAUUGAAGAAUUGGCAGAAUUGUGGCCUGAAUGUAAAAUAGUACAUGGGCGGCCACGGCACCCUCAGAGUCAGGGAUCUGUAGAAAGAUCAAAUCAAGAUGUUGAAAACAUGUUACGAGCUUGGGUCGUAGACAAUAAAAGUACCAAGUGGUCAAUCGGAGUUUAUUUUGUACAAUGGCAAAAAAACAUUUCACAUCAUCGAAUUUUAGGUCGUUCGCCAUAUCGAGCCUUGUUUGGCACUGAACCGAAGGUAGGUCUUAGUUCUACAAACUUACCUGCCAAAAUUAUUCAAAAAUUAUCAAGUGAAGAAGAUUUUGAAAAUAUUUUACAAGACAAUUCAGAACAUAAUUUUGACAAUAUACCUUCAAAGAAAAAAAUAUAUAGUGACAUAAAUAAUAUCUGCAGUGUUUGUGAAAAAUCAGGUAGUGAACUAAAAUGUACUAUAUGUAAAAGAAAUAUUCAUUCUGAUAAUUGCAGCUAUUCUAUAAAUAAUAGUAACGAUAUUGAAAAUAUUUGUCUGCUAUGUAAUAAUGAAAAACAGAUAAAAGUUAACCGCAUUGAAUCUUACAAACGGCAAACAAUAGCAGCUAAAAAAAUGACAGAAAAUAGUGAAAAACUAUUUAAAGAACUAAAGGUUGGUGAUCAAAUAGUAAUUAGUGUUCCAAAAGUAGACCGAGGACCUCUCGAUAGUCAAAAUAUAAAUGGGUUAGUGAUAGACAUUCGGAACGGCGUUUACCAAAUUGGUACAGAAGUUGGUAUAAUAAAAAAUUGGUGUUCAAGAGAAGAACUUCAACUAGUGUCGAAUAAUGGUUUAGAAGAUAGCAAAAUACAAAAAGACAAAUUCGUGUCCAUACGUGAAGCAGUAGCAAACUUAUCAAUUUUCAACGGUCAAGGUUUUGUUAAAUGUCAAUGUCAAGCAGGAAAGCGGCAAUGUCAAACCAAUAGGUGCUUAUGUUUUAAGAAAAAUCUUAAAUGUUCCAGCAAAUGCCACCAAAUAACAACAUGUGACAACAAGCAAUAGGUAACAAAAACUUGUAAUUAUAAUAUACCUUUUUUAUUUAUUUUUUAUUAUUUCAUUUUUAAAACAAUACU